AUGGACAAGAACGACCUGGUACAAAAGGCUAAGCUCGCUGAGCAGGCAGAGCGCUAUGAUGACAUGGCCGGGGCCAUGAAGUCUGUGACGGAGCAGGGCGGGGAACUCUCCAACGAGGAGCGCAACCUGCUGUCAGUGGCCUACAAGAACGUGGUGGGGGCACGCCGCUCAUCCUGGCGCGUCAUCUCCAGCAUCGAGCAGAAGACAGAGGGCAACGAGAAGAAGCAGGCCAUGGCCAAGGAGUACCGGGAGAAGAUUGAGACCGAGCUGCAGGACAUCUGCAAUGACGUGCUGGUAAGAAGAACUGUUGUGGUCUACCCUGUGAAAGGGACAUUUUUACAUUUCUCUCUAGGCAGAUAUGCUGAUUUCCCCCCCAAAAUUAUGUAUCUUUCAGGGACUUCUUGACAAGUACCUCAUUGCCAAUGCGACUGCAGCUGAGAGCAAGGUUUUCUACCUGAAAAUGAAAGGCGAUUAUUAUAGAUACCUGUCUGAGGUAGCAGCUGGAGACGCAAAGAAGAGUAAGUAAACAAGUUUAUUUAGAAUUAUAUAAAAUGGGACAAUGCACCAAAUCACAUUGUCAUGACUCGUGAAACUCCUAAUGGAUCAGAUGUGUGCAUAGAGGAAUAUGUUAAAAUAUUCCCUAAAGAAGUGAUGAAAUGCACUGCCGCACACUAAGUGCAUGUUGGAUUCAUAGCAUUGCUCAAACUCAUCCUCUCCCUUGUUCCCUUUUAAAGCCACAGUGGAUAACUCCCAGCAGGCGUACCAGGAUGCUUUCGACAUCAGCAAGAAGGAGAUGCAGCCCACACACCCCAUCAGGCUCGGCCUGGCCCUCAACUUCUCUGUGUUCUUCUAUGAAAUCCUCAACAACCCAGAGAAGGCCUGUACCCUGGCCAAAACGGUGAGAGAGCGACUUCAAGUGCCAAGUCAUGCAUCCUCAUCUUUCACCCCCAAGACGAUCAAUAGCACAGAGCUUCACUCAAAGAAUGCAGAGCCAUUGUAGCAUGUCUUAUCUUGCCAGUUUCUGAAUGAAGGCAUUUGGCUCAGUUAGCAAAAAAUCUAAUUGGAUUUAAAAUGGUGCCCCUGCUACAGUUAUUUCAGCAUGCCACUAUUUAACCAAAAUGCCACCAUUUAACCAAAAUGAUUGGAGUGACAGCGUAUACAUUUGUAUAGUCAAGGAAUAGCUGUGUACUGGAAUAGCUGGUGGCAGUUUUGCAUUCUAGUGUAAUUUACUCUUUACAGGCAUUUGAUGAAGCCAUCGCUGAACUCGACACCUUAAACGAGGAUUCCUACAAAGACAGCACCUUGAUCAUGCAACUACUAAGGGACAACCUGACUGUAAGUUCUGUUUGUCUCCUAUUUAUGUAAUCAAAUGUUUUGUGUAAAUAUUAAAUGGCUUAACACAUCUCCCUCUUGUGUUGUCAUUUCUUCAAUAGCCAUUUCAUUGAUGCUUCCAGUUAUGCAUAUGUUUUGUAAAUUGCUAUGGCAUGGUGUUUUUUUCUCGUUAAUUCUAACGUGGAAAGUACCAAAUGCAAUUUGGGGAAUAAAAUGUAACAAAUCUUCACCUCUCUUUGCAGCUGUGGACAUCGGAAAACCAGGGAGACGAGGGAGAGACCGGAGAAGGGGAAAACUAAUGGAGUUGCACUGUUAAUCCACCUACACUCUUAUCUUAAACACAAACCGCUUAUAAACAUCCCCCCUCCACUCCAUCAGCCCAUCCCCCUUCUGUAUGACAAGCAGCCUGAAUUGUUCCUGACCAACUAGUUUACCCCUCUCAGGUCACUGUGAGGCGACAGGGUAAUGUUCAGUUGUUAGCAGGUUGUCAUUUUGUUUGUGAAAAUAAUGUGGUUGUAUUGAGUACCGAGUCCAUGUUUUUGUUUGGUUUUGUUUGUGUGUGUGUGCUAGAUCGUAUGUGUGUGUGUGUGUGCGCGUGUGUGUAUGACUGUUUGUGUUGGGG